AUGAACCCAUCACAAGGUCUCGAUGACUUUCUUUUGUCAUUGGAAAGGCACUACAUCAGUGGCGAGUUUGCUGAUGCUGUCAUAACUUGCAAAGGUCAUGUCUUCAACAUCCACAGAGUCGUCUUGUCAGCUCAUUCCAAGUACUUUGCGGAAGCGCUGGGCGGAAAUUGGAAGGAGUCAAUCGAACGGAAGAUCGAGAUCAAAGACUUUGAUCCGAUUAUCGUGCAAGCAAUGCUUUGUUUCGUCUAUACCUUCGACUACAACGAACCCAGCGAUGAUCAAUCAAUGCUAUUCCACGCGGAGGUCUAUAAACUUGCCGAUAUAUACGACAUACCGGCGCUCAAGGAGUGUUCAAAGAACAAGUUUGCUUCUGCUAUUAAUGCUGGCUGGAACACGGUCGACUUUCUGUAUGCAAUCAGCGAAGUCUACAAGAACACCCCCUUGGAAGACAGGGGACUUCGUGACUCGGCCGUGGCGGUCGCGCGAAAGCAUAUCAACACACUCAUCGAACACGACGAUUUCUCUAGACUUCUCAGAAAAAAUGCUGAUUUCUCAGCUGAUUUGAUACCUUUCCUAUGUGUUGGCACCAGCGGACAUGGAAUCCAGCACCCGCACGCGCACCCGCACGGGGAAGAUGUAUGCCCCAACUGUUUGCAACGAAAACGGAUUCUUCUUAGUGCGCAUCAAUUUGGUGCUGCUACUCUUAAUGCGGCUCCGCGAUGCCACUGUGAGUAA